ACGUCAUGCGCGCCAAAGAAAAAUGAACCGAAGUGGGUCUCCUUUUGGCUUGGGCGGACAGCCAUUUUGGUCCAGCAGCCAACCCCUGAAAACUGCGGCGUGCAUGAAGCCGCGUUGGAGAAAAAUGGCUCGUAAAUGUGGUGGUGGAUUAAGGUGCUGCUGCUGCUGCUUGUUGAUGUUGUUGCCGUUUUCGUCGUCAUCGUCGUGGUUGUUGUUGUGGUUCUUGUUGGUGUUGGUGUAUUGAUGUUGUUGUUGGUGGUGCUGGUGGUGGUGACGGUGGUGGCGGCAGCUGUGGCAGUGGCACUUGUGGUGGUGGUGGUGGUGGUGUUGGUGGUUGUGGUGGUGGGGUGGGCCAGAGGGGCAGAAUGGAGGCUGGAGUUGGUGGCUGUUGUGGUGGUGGCAGGCGAGGGGGGGGAGGAGUGGGAGGGCCGAGUUGGUGGUUGUGGUGGGGAUUCUUGCGGUUGUGAUGGUGGUGGCAGCGGUUGUAGUGGUGGUGGUUGUGGCGGUGGUGGCGGUGGUGGUGAUGGUUGUGGCUGUGGUGGUGGUUGUGGUUGUGGUGGCGGUGAUGGUGAUGGUGAUGGUCGUGGCUGUGGUGAUGGUUGUGUGGUGAUGGUUGUGCUCGUUGUUGUGGUGGUGGUGGUGGCUGUGGGUGUUGUUGUUGUUGUGGUUGUGGUUGUGGCUGUGGUUGUGGUUGUGGUUGUGGUUGUGGUUGUGGUUGUACUCGGUGGUACAGUUGUGGUUGGUGGUGGUGGGGUGGUUGUUGUUGUGGUUGUGGUGGUGGUGGUUGUGGUUGUGGUGGUGGUGGUGGUGGGUUGUGGUGGUGGUGCUGCUGCUGGUGGUGCUGGUGGGCUGGUUGUGGUUGUUGAGGUUGUGGUCACUAUUGUUGUUGUUGUUGUUGUUGUUGUUGUUGUUGUUGUUGUUGUUGUUGUUGUUGUUGUUGUUGUUGUUGUUGUUGAUAUUGUUGUCAUUAUUGUGGCUGUUGUUGAAGGAACAUUAGUGUUCAUUGUGUUUAUUCAACUUGAGGAUCUUCUCAAAAAUAGCACCCCCAAGCACACAAUACCUUUCUCGGCCAUUUGGUGACAAUCAACUGUAGCACUUGAU